CACCACUUUCUCCGUUCCUCCUCAGCGCCAUAGCGCCAUGGCACCCUCCAUGCACUCCACUUUCGUGUUCAUGGCGCCCUCCAUGGCCAUGCUGGCGACGGUGGUACACGUGGAGGAUCGUGCCGCCGGCCCACCAGCGCGACGGCUAGUGGGAGCAGGCAUUGAGGACGUCAACCAUGAGCUCUAUGGCGGGCUAUACUCUCAAAUGCUCGUGGGAGAGUCCUUUGAGGAGCCAGCCUUUGAAGGCCUCAGCGGUGCUCGCAUCAUCGAUGCGAUCCCUGCGGAACCCGCGUGGCCCUCCCCGCGGCGUUGGCGCACCUGGCUGCGCGCCAACUCCGCCGCGGAGAAAGGCCGCAUCGCCGUGGUGCGGGACGCGGUGCAUGGUCAUCAGAGUCAGUUGCUGCGGGACACCGCCAUCCAGAACUACGGCCUCGGUCAGCAAGGUUUCGCCUUGAUGGCCGGGAAGGACUACGACUGCGUCCUUUGGGCCAAAGUGGAUCGUAUCGAAGCGGCCCGGGUCACUGUUUCGCUGCGGGACGGAGAGCAACGUGCAUCGCCCGUGUACAGCCAAUGGCUUGGGGCAUCCUCACGGUGGCGCCCCUUGAGCUUCACCCUCACGAGCAAUGUCACGAGCCAUUGUGGCAUGGUGAAAAACAGAUCUGGCAGAUCCGGCCGCAGAUUCUGCGUGCAGGCCAAGGAGCUGCCGCACCGCUGCUACCGCUGCAGUGGCGGCUUUGAGAUCGCCAUCGAAGGCGAAGCGAUGGUGGACCAGGUGUACCUCGGCCCAGGCGACUGGGGCCGCUUCAAGGGAUUGCCGGUUCGGCGCGGGGUGGCGGAGGCCAUGUUUCAAACCGCCGCUUGGGAAGUGCUCCGCUUAGGAGGCAGCAUGUGCAACGCGCCCGAGUACCGCUGGAAGCACUUCCGCGGUCCACGGGAGAGUCGUCAGCCUUGGCAGGGCUUUUGGCAUCCCUACGUGAGCAGUGGCUUCGGCCUGUUCGAAGUCUUAGAGCUUUGCGAAGCUGCAGAGGUGCACUGCGUCAUCACUUUGAAUAACCAGGAGACCCCUGAGGACGUGGCCGACUUCAUCGAGUACUGCUUUGCUUCGGACGCGUCCUCUAAGUGGGGAACUUUGCGGAUGUCCGAUGGGCGAACCAGGCCCUACAAGAUCUUCACGCUGGAAAUCGGGAAUGAACAAAACCUGACGAUGGACUUCGUUCAGCAGGUGUCAGCAAUCACACAGGCCAUCGCGCUACGCUGUGCUCAGAAGCAGCUGUUGAUGCCGCAGAUUGUCGUGGGACAGAACAUUGAUCUGAUCCCGAACUUCGAGAGCACACAGGGUCGGAAGGUGACCGAAGAGAUGUUGAAGGUCUUGAAAGGCGUGGUGCAUAGCGCCUGGGAUGCCCACAUCGGAGGUGAUGCUUUCUCGGACGUGGGCGACUUCAAGAAACUGCUGAAUGUGAGCAUGAGCUUCUUUCAGCCCUUCGGCACUCAGCUGGUGGUCUUGGAGGAGAACGGUGUGACCCACGACUUGCAACGUGCGCUGAACCACGCGCGCUUCCAUCUGGUGAGCUCGUAUCAAGGUGACUUUGUGCUCAUGGACACGGCGGCGAAUGGACUUCAAGUCUUCAAUCAGAACGACAAUGGUUGGGACCAGGGCCAGAUCAUGAUCACGCCGGACCAGGUUUGGCUUUCACCCUAUGGCUGGUCGCAAGCCAUGCUCUCCAAGCACAGCAAGGCCUUCAAUGUGCCACUUCACUUUGAGAUCUCUGCUGUUGAAGACCUCGAACUGGGCGCGUACAGGUCGACGGAGGGUGCCUCAAGAAGUGGUGUUGGCCUUCGACUGGUGCAGUGGUCAGGUCGAGAUCAAGAAGUGAACGUCACUUUGAGGUGGCCCCACAGCACCGCCGACCUCUCCGCGGAGGUCCUCGCGGGCUCGCUCCGCGCGCUGAACGGCCCGGAAGAUCCCAGGACGGCGAGAGACCGUGCGCCACGUUGGUCCCGUUGAAUCAGAUCAGGUGAAACGCCUGGAAACCGGUUCGACCUGUUCGCUCCAAGGCUUGGAAGAAGUUGUCUCAUCUCGAUCUUCCAUUUAGGUGCCAUGUCCCAUCCACCAACCGCAUCAGGUUGGGGAGCUCUGGCCAUCAACCGCUUUGGCCCCGCAUCAUCCGGCCACCUCCAGGCACGUUGCUCCACGGCCACUGCACGUCGCGUGGGAUCGCAGUGACGUGCUGUGCCUCUCGCUGACGCUGCCGGGCUACGCGCUGGCCACGGUGUCGGUCUUGGCUCCUGAAGUGGUCCUCGUGUGAAACGCGGAAGAACCGUUUGCACCGUUGGCGUUUAGCCGUGGCGUGGCGAACCAACCGCGAAGCAACCCCCAGGGCGUUGGGCGAGCGAACGUGGAUCGCGGAUCGCGUGGAUCCUGACCUCUGAGCUCAAGGCACGACAGGCUGCGCCAGACCCGACAGGCUGCGCACCUCGCAAGACAUCCCUUUUGUGCCAGAUUCGAUUUGGGUUCUUGUUGAUGAGCUCCUUUUGUUGAGCCCGAAAAACGGAGGAGGCCCUGCUUUGAUGGUAGACGGGCACUGGCACCAAUGCAGGUAAGAUAUGUGGGUUUUCUGCAUGGAUUCCUGGCAUCCACUUUGUACACAGAUAUCGACAUGGACCAGAUAUAGGGGUUGAACACGGAACAAAGAGAUCCUUUCGUGUGGCUCCCUAUUUCUGGUCGGCGAAUUGUUUAAUUCAGCGAGAUGGGCCUUUGCCUAUACCGGCUUGAGCGAUGGAGAAAAGACCUGGCGG